CACCAAAAUAAUAAUAUCUAUAUCUAUAUAAAAGCAUGUCAUUCUUUGGUGGAAAUUCUCAGCCUCAGCAGGCAAUCAACCCUCAAAAUAUGAUGAUGGCCGAACAAGAACUUGAGAUGGUGACUGAUCUGUUCAAUCGUAUCACCGAGUCGUGCUACUCCAAGUGCAUCGUUACAAAGUACGAACAAGGAGAAUUGAACCAGCCAGAGGGAGCAUGCAUUGAUACCUGUGUGGCCAAGUUCUUCCAGGUCAACAGCAUGGUUGGCGAGAAGAUGCAAAAGAUUGGACAAUCCUAGACGAUUUAUAUACAUGACUGACAAAAGACAACAAAAUUAGAUUUGAUUUUCUUUUUACUUUACUUUAUUAUAUUAUAUAUGUAUAUACUUCUUGUAUGUAUAUACUUCUUGUAUGUAAUUAAGCAUAUACUAUAUAAUAUUCUUUCUCUCUCUCU